CGCCGCUGCUGUGGAGGGAGGUAAGAUGAAGGCAGCGGGCUGCGUCGCCGGGCCUGGGCGGGCGUCCUCAGGCAGGUGUCGCUGGUCACCCGGUACCCGGACUGGCGGUCGGGCACAUGCGGGGUAGCCGCCCUACGGCGGUGGGAGCAGCGGAGGUGGCCGCAGGUCCACGAGGGAGUCCGUCCGCCGGCUUGCUGCGCUCCUCACGGAAGCGGACAGUCCCCGUGUGCCCUUGCGGUCCGCUGAUCGUCCUGACCCGCUGCGGUUUCCGAGGUUGAUGGAGACGCUCGUAGAAGCCGGGUCGGGACGGUGUCAUCAUUUGAGCUGGGUGGUGAGAGCGGAGGAUGGGGAGAAGGAUGAGAUGUGAGGAGCAGUGCGUGGCAAGGUGCCUCCGCAGGGGCGGAACUGCUGCAGCCCGCUGCUCUGCCUGCAUCUUCAGGAGUGGCUGGAGGCAUGAACUCACCAGGGAAAGGGAGAAUGGCAGGGCCAGAUUCCCCCUGAAGGAGUUGGAUGCCGCGCGAAGCACUUGAGAAGUUCUGCGUGCAGGGGCAUGCUGCAGCCGCUUCGAAGACAGGAGGCUUGUCUUUGAAGAGGACCUGGCACUAUUGGGUUCAUGUGCUGUGCAAGUGCUGCUGCAGGGAGCUGAGGGGAGAGCAUGGUGGUGCUGGGAAGCCAGGACAUGAGUUAGAGUCCGAAGAGGAGAUCCUAAGAGCUCAUUGCAUGAAGGGGUGAGGAUGAAGCCUGGAUUGCCUUUUGAGACAAGAUGAGUGCAGUGACCUAUGACGAUGUGCAUGUGGAAUUCAGUGUGGAAGAGUGGUCUUUGCUGGAUUCUUCCCAGAAGAACAUAUACAAAGAUGUGAUGCUGGAGACCUACAGGAACCUCACAGCUGUAGGCUACAGUUGGGAAGACCAUAAUACUGAAAAACAUUGUCAAAUUUCUAGAAGACAUGGCAGGAAUGAAAGAAAUCAUACUGGAGAGAAACUCUCCAAAAAUACUCAAUGUGUUAAAACCUUUGUAUAUCACAAUCAUCUUCAAAUACAUAAAAGAAGACAUACUGGAGAGAAACCCUAUGAAUGUAAUAAAUGUGACAAAGCCUUUGUAUCUCAGCAUCAUCUACAUAGACAUGAAGUAACUCAUACUGGAGAGAAGCCUUAUGAAUGUAAUCAGUGUGAUAAAGCCUUUGCACAUCACAGUAGUCUCCAAACACAUAAAAAAAGUCAUACUGGAGAGAAACCUUAUAAAUGUAAUCAUUGUGGUAAAGCCUAUGCACAUCACAGUAGUCUCCAUAUCCAUAAUAGAACACAUACUGGAGAGAAACCAUACAAAUGUAAUCAAUGUGAUAAAGCAUUUUCACAAUACAGUAAUCUCCAAGUGCAUAAAAGAAGACAUACAGGAGAGAAACCCUAUGAAUGUAGUCGAUGUGAUAAAGCCUUUAUAUAUUGUGGUGAUCUCCAGAGACAUGAAAGAAUACAUACUGGAGAGAAACCUUUCAAAUGUGAUCAAUGUGAUAAAGCCUUUUCACGACAGUGUAAACUUCAAAUACAUAAAAAAUCUCAUACUGGAGACAAGCCUUAUGAAUGUAGUCAGUGUGGUAAAGCCUUUGUAUGUCAAAGGAGUCUCCAAUUACAUAAAAGGACGCAUUCUGGAGAGAAACCCUAUGAAUGUAAUGAGUGUGGUAAAGCCUUUGUAUGUCAAAGGGGUCUCCAAAGACAUAAAAGGACUCAUACUGGAGAAAAACCUUAUGAGUGCAAUCAAUGUGGUAAAGCCUUUGCACAUCACAAUAGUCUUCAAGAACAUAAAAGAACACAUACUGGAGAGAAACCAUACAAAUGUAGUCAAUGUGAUAAAGCCUUUUCACAAUACAGUAAUCUACAAAAGCAUAAAAGAACACAUACUGGAGAGAAACCCUACAAAUGUAAUCAAUGUGGUAAAGCCUUUUCUAAACAUGCUCAUCUUCAAGCUCAUAAAAGAACACAUACUGGAGAGAAACCCUAUGAAUGUAGUCAGUGUGGUAAGCUCUUUGCAUAUCAAGAGAGUCUCCAGUUACAUAAAAGAACACAUACAGGAGAGAAACCCUAUGAAUGUAAUGAGUGUGGUAAGACCUUUAUAUGUCAAAAGAGUCUACAAAUACAUAAAAGAAUUCAUACUGGAGAGAAACCUUAUGAAUGUCAUGAAUGUGGUAAAGCCUUUGCAUAUCACAGUAGUCUCCAAAUACAUAAAAGAACACAUACUGGAGAGAAACCAUACAAAUGUAAUCAAUGUGAUAAAGCUUUUACAAAAUACAGUUAUCUCCAAAUACAUAAAAGAAGACAUACUGGAGAGAAACCUUAUGAAUGUAAUCAAUGUGAUAAAGCCUUUGCAUGUCAAAGGAGUCUCCAAAGACAUAAAAGAAAACAUCCUGGAGAGAUACCAUAUGAGUGAAAUUAGCGUGGUAAAUCCUUUGCAUAUCAAAGUAGUCUCCAAGUAUAUAAAAGAAG